CCGCCCCGCCUCCGGGGCACCAGCUUCGGCUCCAUUGUUCCCGCCCGGGCUGGAGGCGCCGGGUUCCGAGUGCCGCCAGGAGUCGUGCCUUGGCCGCCGAGCUCUCGCGACCCGGCCAGGACCUGAACGGAGCCCGGAGACGACCGACCCGAGCGCAAGACACAGACACCCGCCGCGCCACGGCGAGCUCUCCAGAGGCGGGACUGCAGCGCCAAGUGAGAGGCAGCUCGAGGAGGCAGAUCGAGCUCAAGUAUCCAUGGAGGCCUGGAGGCUUGUCACCAACCUCUAAGCGCAGAACUGGGAUGUGGAGCUGGAGGUGCCUCCUCUUCUGGGCUGUGCUGGUCACAGCCACACUCUGCACGGCCAGGCCAGCCCCGACCUUGCCCGAACAAGGGUUGCUGUGGGGGCUUGAUGAGGCAGCACACGAUGACAACGCUCAGCCCUGGGGAGCCCCAGUGGAGGUGGAGUCUCUCCUGGUCCACCCUGGCGACCUGCUACAGCUUCGCUGCCGGCUGCGGGACGAUGUGCAGAGCAUCAACUGGCUGCGGGACGGGGUGCAGCUGGCGGAGAGCAACCGCACCCGCAUCACGGGGGAGGAGGUGGAGGUGCGGGAUUCCAUCCCCGCCGACUCUGGCCUCUACGCUUGCGUGACCAGCAGCCCCUCUGGCAGCGACACCACCUACUUCUCCGUCAAUGUCUCAGAUGCGCUUCCCUCCUCGGAGGAUGAUGACGACGACGAUGAUUCCUCCUCGGAGGAGAAAGAAACAGACAACACCAAACCAAACCGUAGGCCUGUAGCUCCAUACUGGACAUCCCCAGAAAAGAUGGAAAAGAAGCUGCAUGCGGUGCCAGCUGCCAAGACGGUGAAGUUCAAAUGCCCAUCCAGCGGAACGCCCAAUCCCACCUUGCGUUGGUUGAAAAACGGCAAAGAGUUCAAGCCUGACCACCGGAUCGGAGGCUAUAAGGUUCGUUAUGCCACCUGGAGCAUCAUAAUGGACUCUGUGGUGCCCUCUGACAAGGGCAACUACACCUGCAUCGUGGAGAACGAGUAUGGCAGCAUCAACCACACCUACCAGCUUGAUGUUGUUGAGCGAUCCCCACACCGGCCCAUCCUUCAGGCAGGGUUACCUGCCAACAAGACAGUGGCCCUGGGCAGCAACGUGGAGUUCAUGUGUAAGGUGUACAGCGACCCACAGCCUCACAUCCAGUGGCUGAAGCACAUCGAGGUGAACGGGAGUAAGAUUGGCCCGGACAACCUGCCGUACGUCCAGAUCCUGAAGACUGCUGGAGUUAAUACCACCGACAAGGAAAUGGAGGUGCUUCAUUUACGAAAUGUCUCCUUUGAGGAUGCGGGGGAGUAUACGUGCUUGGCGGGUAACUCUAUCGGACUCUCCCAUCACUCUGCAUGGUUGACCGUUCUGGAAGCCCUGGAAGAGAGGCCAGCCGUGAUGACGUCACCACUCUACCUGGAGAUCAUCAUCUAUUGCACCGGGGCCUUCCUCAUCUCCUGUAUGGUGGGCUCCGUCAUCAUCUACAAGAUGAAGAGCGGCACCAAGAAGAGUGACUUCCACAGCCAGAUGGCUGUGCAUAAGCUGGCCAAGAGCAUCCCUCUGCGCAGACAGGUAACAGUGUCAGCAGACUCCAGUGCCUCCAUGAACUCUGGGGUUCUCCUGGUUCGGCCUUCACGACUCUCCUCCAGUGGGACCCCUAUGUUAGCUGGAGUCUCUGAGUAUGAGCUUCCUGAAGACCCCCGCUGGGAACUGCCGAGAGAUAGACUGGUCUUAGGCAAACCUCUUGGAGAGGGCUGCUUUGGGCAAGUGGUAUUGGCAGAGGCCAUCGGGCUGGAUAAGGACAAACCCAACCGCGUGACCAAAGUGGCUGUGAAGAUGUUGAAGUCCGACGCAACAGAGAAGGACCUGUCAGACCUGAUCUCGGAGAUGGAGAUGAUGAAAAUGAUCGGGAAACACAAGAAUAUCAUCAAUCUGCUGGGGGCAUGCACACAGGACGGGCCUCUUUAUGUCAUCGUGGAAUACGCCUCCAAAGGCAACCUUCGGGAGUAUCUGCAGGCCCGGCGGCCUCCUGGGCUGGAAUAUUGCUACAACCCCAGUCAUAACCCCGAGGAACAGCUGUCCUCCAAAGAUCUGGUAUCCUGUGCCUAUCAGGUGGCCCGGGGCAUGGAGUAUCUUGCCUCUAAGAAGUGCAUCCACCGAGACCUGGCUGCUAGGAACGUCCUGGUGACAGAGGACAAUGUAAUGAAGAUCGCAGACUUUGGCCUAGCCCGAGACAUUCACCACAUCGACUACUAUAAAAAAACCACCAAUGGCCGGCUGCCUGUGAAGUGGAUGGCACCUGAGGCAUUGUUUGACCGGAUCUACACCCACCAGAGUGACGUGUGGUCUUUUGGGGUACUCUUGUGGGAAAUCUUCACUCUGGGCGGCUCCCCAUACCCUGGUGUGCCUGUGGAAGAACUUUUCAAGCUGCUGAAGGAGGGUCAUCGAAUGGACAAGCCCACUAACUGUACUAAUGAACUGUACAUGAUGAUGCGGGAUUGCUGGCACGCAGUGCCCUCUCAGAGACCCACUUUCAAACAGCUGGUGGAAGACCUGGACCGCAUUGUGGCCUUGACCUCCAACCAGGAGUAUCUGGACCUGUCCAUGCCGCUGGACCAGUACUCUCCCAGCUUUCCCGACACGCGGAGUUCUACCUGCUCUUCGGGGGAGGACUCUGUCUUCUCUCAUGAGCCGUUACCUGAAGAACCUUGUCUGCCCCGACACCCGACCCAGCUUGCCAAUGGUGGACUCAAACGGCGCUGACUGCCAACCCUCCCCGGCCUUUCACCAGUUCCGUCAUCACCUGUGUCCCUCAUCUGUAAUCCCCUGCUGGAUACGCUGCCUUUCCCUUCUCCCUUGCUGCUGGCAAGAGCCAGUGUGUAACUGAGGCCUUCCCGUGUGGCCUAUCCUAUCAUCACCCCCCAAGAGCUCUCUCUUCCUCUUCUCAACCUGCUGUGUGGGAGAGGAGCCAAGAGGCAGGUACUGGCCGGUAGCCACUUCCUCCUUCCUAGGUGUUGGACCAAGACCCACCCUGCUGCUUGGCGUUCCUUGGAGGCCUGGGGAGCAGAAGCAAGUGGAACAGGCCUGCAAGCAAGAGCUCACUGAGUCUUCUGGUUGACCCACUAGCCUCCUGUGUUCUGGUGGCAGCAGCCUUGGGGCUUCUGAAGCAGUGGGGUUUGUUUCUGUUCAGGCCUUCACUGAAAGCAACCUCUGCCCCAGAUGGGUGGUACCAGGGGCUUCUUAAUUCCAAUACUAAUUUGCUUUGCUGACCAAAUACCUGGUACCAGAAGACGGUGAGGCAGAGAUUGGGAGCAGUGAUGUGACCCUGGGGCUGAGCCCUAGACUCGGGGCUCUUUGUACAUAGCUAUGAAGAAAACACAAAGUGUAUAAAUCUGAGUAUAUAUUUACAUGUCUUUUUAAAAGGGUCGUUACUAGAGAUUUACCCAUUGGGUGAGAUGCUCCUGGUGGCUGGGAGGCAUCCGUUGCUAUAUAUUAAAAACAAAAAACAAAACGAAAAAAAAAACAACAAAAAAAAAGAAAAUGUUUUUUAAAAGGUCAUAUAUUUUUUGCUACUUUUGCUGUUUUAUUUUUUUAAAUUAUGUUUUAAACCUAUUUUCAGUUUAGGUCCCUCAAUAAAAAUUGCUGCUGCUUCAUUUUUAUCCUGGGCGUGUGAAAAGGGAGCAGAUGCCCCCUGAAAAGGAGGGAGACAGGGACUAAGGGGCCAUGAGCUGUUGGCACUGUGUGCUUUCUAUAUUUCCCUGUGACCUCCCAGCCAACCCUUCUAUCUCUGAUGCUUUGGGAAAGGCGGGGGUAAGAAGACCAAAAUACUGAGGGCAGAGAACCGAGACUACAAGCUUGUUUCCUCCGACCGUGGAUUGUUUUCUACGAGGGGGAUGAGACCAGCCAACGGGCAGAGCGAACGAACUAACCGUCCAGAAACUCACCCCAAACCCUGUGUGGGUAGAAAAAAUGUCACCCAAAGCUAAUCUUGUCCUUCCCAGUCUACUCUCUGUUUUUCUCUCCUGGGUCCCUGUUACCAGAUUGUGUUUGUUGGGACUGUCCCUGAUCUUUGCUUCCUUAAAGUUUUUUUUUUUUCCUCUACAAACUCCACCCAUCCCUCGGGGAAGGGAAACACAAUCUCUUUGGUUUGGGUCAGCUUGGUGACUUACUCCUGCCACCUGCUGGUGGCUUUUGUUCUCCUCAAGUGGUUCCUUGGCACCUUAUUCAAACCGGCGGGACGCUAUCCUUAGUGAUCAUUGGUGGGUCACUGCCGAAUACAAACCCGUUCAGUAUGCUUUCAUCCUGUAGUAGGGCUGCUGCUUUAAAUACAUUCUGAGCUGGGCAGUUUGGUAGCUGUGGUUUUGGUCAUCAUCAUAGAGUUCUUAUCAUUGUUUCUCUCUGUAAACAUGUAACUGUCAGAAUAUUACAAGUGGGUUUUUUUUGAGGGGGGGGCGGUAAUGCAGAAAGAAGGCGUAAUUCGGCGAAGAGGGCCAGGGGGUAAAUUUCAGCUCAGACUCAUUUUCCUUGUUAAAAUUGUGAGCAUAAUUUCUGCCUCAGCUCUAUUUGACUCAAUGUUCUGUGAUUGGAUGGGAGAUUCUACAAAGGGCUUUUGGAUGACUCAAAGAAAGGUGCUAGGAGCUAUCAGCACUGAGGUCCUUGCUGUUACUAUUCAAAUUGCCCACAAAUAUUCCCCCGAGGCAGGGAUGGCUAUCAAAUAAAAGAUAGUGAAAUUGA